AUAUUUAAAAAAAAAAAAAAAAAAAUGGAAAAAGAAAGAAAGAAAAGAAAAUCAGAAUCCCGUUUUUUGCUUGAAGCCAAGGCUUCCUUCGUUUCUCCUAUUUUGCCUUUUCCUCUUCACAACAAAAUCCAUUUCACCCAUUUCUAUUAAAACAAAAUGCUUCCCGUUUCUCAGAACCACCGGACAGAACUCUCCUCCGCCGACGAUUGGAUCUCCGAAUCCAUCAAUGGCGGAUCCUUACGCCACGUCGAUCUUCAAACCGGAACCAACGGCUGGGCUUCACCCCCCGGCGACCUUUUCUCCGUCCGUUCCACAGAGUAUUUCACGAAACAUCAGAAAUCUCCCGCUGGCGAUUACUUGCUUUUCCCCGCCGGUAUGGACUGGCUGAAAUCCACUUCUAAACUUGAAAACGUUAUGGCGCGUGAAGACAAUCGCGUCUCUUCAUCUCUCCGUAAAGCACAAUCCGCAGGAAAAUCGUCGAAGAGCUUUGUUUUCGCCGUUAAUCUUCAAAUCCCUAACAAGGAUCAAUACAGCGCCGUGAUCUAUUUCGCUGCGGAAGAUCCGAUCCCGGCCGGUUCUCUUCUCCACCGGUUUAUUCAUGGCGAUGAUUCCUUCAGAAACCAGCGCUUCAAGAUCGUGAACCGGAUCGAAAAAGGACCGUGGAUUGUGAAGAAAACCGUCGGAAAUUACAGCGCCUGUUUGCUCGGAAAAUCAUUAACGUGUAGUUAUCACAGAGGUUCAAAUUACUUUGAGAUCGACGUGGACAUCGGAAGCUCGGCUUUGGCGAGCGCGAUUUUGCGAUUGACAUUGCAUUACGUAGAUUCCGUUACGAUCGACAUGGGAUUUGUGGUGGAAGCAGUGACGGAGGAUGAGUUGCCGGAGAGAUUAAUCGGCGCCAUUAGGGUUUCUCAGAUUGAGAUGGCGGCGGCGACGGAGGUAGAAAAGGCUCCGGGAACGCCGCGGUUGUUAGAGAAUGGGAAGGAGGAUCAACGGCAGACUUUGAGCAACGACGAAAUUGAGGAAAAGAAUUUGUGACGAAACUCAUUUUUCGGAUUGAAGAUUCUUCAAACGUAAUAAAUGAAUGGAAUCAAAACAACCAAUCCUCGAAGUUUGGAAGUUUUUCAUUUUUUUUAAAAAAAUUAAUAUCGAAUUUGAGUGACAAAAUCAAUACUCACUAUUAGAUUUUGAUGAAUAUGAUUUUUGUUAGGAUUGUACCAAGUGGAGUAUUAAUAUAAUCUAGAAAUUUCAAUUUUAAGUUAUUAUUUAAAAUUAACUUAAUUGUUAUUAUAUUAUUCUUUUUAAUAAGGUCAUGGAGACUCGCUAUGGAUGGGGCCAAGGCCAAAUAGUUCAUUUUGGAAGAACA